CUUGUCGGGCUUAAGUUCGUUUGUAUAUGAAUCGCUCGGAAUCGCAGAUCAAUAAUAACUGAAAAUGCUGAAGCAAAUCAAUAGCCUGAUCCUGGCCAGACGCCAUCUCUGGGUGGCUGGCGGUGGUCUGCGGGCCAAGGAAGGCGACAAGGGCAAAGGCAAGGGUAAGGGCAAGGAGAACGAGAAGUUCCGCAUGGAGAAGGACACCUUUGGGGAGCUCAAGGUGCCGGCGGACAAGCUUUAUGGAGCCCAGACGAUGCGGUCCAAGCUGAACUUUCCCAUUGGCGAUAUAGCCGAGCGCAUGCCGAUGCCUGUGAUCCAGGCCAUGGGCAUUCUAAAGAAGGCCUGUGCCGAGGUCAACAAGGAGUUCGGCCUGGACGGCAAGAUCUCGGACGCCGUCUCCUGCGCCUGCGACGAUGUGAUCUCCGGCAAGCUGUACAAGCAGGGGCACUUCCCACUGGUCAUCUGGCAAACUGGUUCCGGCACCCAGUCCAAUAUGAACACCAACGAGGUGAUCAGCAAUGCGGCCAUCAAGAUGAUGGGUGGCGAACUGGGCAGCAAGAAGCCGGUCCAUCCCAACGACCAUGUGAACAAGUCGCAGAGCUCCAACGACACCUUCCCCACCGCCAUCCACAUCUCGGUGGGCAUGGAGCUGAACGAGCGACUGAUUCCGUCGGUGACCCACCUGCGGGAUGCCGUCAAAUCCAAGUCGGAUGAGUUCAAGGACAUCAUCAAGAUUGGCCGCACCCAUCUGAUGGACGCAGUUCCGCUGACCCUGGGCCAGGAGUUCAGUGGCUAUGCGCAGCAGCUGACCUACGGCCUGGACAGGAUCAAGACCUGUCUGCCGAGGGUCUACGAGCUGGCCCUGGGCGGCACUGCGGUGGGCACUGGCCUGAACACCCACAAGGGAUUCGCCGAGAAGGUGGCCAAGCGGAUCGCCGAGCUCACCUGUCUGCCCUUCGUGACGGCGCCCAAUAAGUUCGAGGCCUUGGCCGCCAGGGAUGCCAUGGUGGAGGUCCAUGGAGUGCUCAAUACGAUCGCCGUCAGCCUGAUGAAGAUCGCCAAUGAUAUCCGACUGCUGGGAUCGGGUCCGCGUUGCGGACUGGGGGAGCUCUUGUUGCCGGAGAACGAGCCCGGUAGCUCCAUUAUGCCCGGCAAGGUGAAUCCCACGCAGUGCGAAUCGAUGACCAUGCUGUGCGCCCAGGUGAUGGGCAACCAGGUGGCCGUGACCAUCGGCGGCUCCAACGGGCACUUCGAGUUGAAUGUCUUCAAACCAUUGAUAAUAUCGAAUGUGCUGCGCUCCAUACGACUGCUAGCCGACGGCAGCAUGACCUUUAGCAAGAACUGCGUGGAGGGACUGCAGGCCAAUAAAGAGAGGAUCGACAAGAUCAUGAACGAGUCGCUGAUGCUGGUCACCGCCCUGAAUCCCCACAUUGGCUACGACAAGUCCGCCCAGAUCGCGAAGACGGCCCACAAGAACAAGACGACCCUGAAGGAGGAGGCCCUGAAGACCGGCAUCACCGAGGAGCAGUUCAAGGAGUGGGUCAACCCCAAGGAGAUGCUGGGACCCAAGUGAUCCUCGUCUUAGUUACUAUCGUUGUUGUUAGUUAAAUUUAAUAAAUUUGCCAUGUUUAAAGAUUAUUAAAA